AUGAAAUAAACAAGCUCCAAAGAAAUCUUGAAAAUACGAAUCCUUUGUGUAUGUUCCAGAAGAAAAAGAAAUAAUAGUUAAAAUCAGCAAAUGCUAUAAAUCUAUGCCAUCAUUAAGAAAAAUUUAGUCGGAUUUUAUGCCAAAAAUAAUCAAAGUAUAAGAAAACGAAAAAUUAAGAAUCAAGCAAUAGAGAAUAGAAAUCUAAGAUGA